GGUGAAAAGCUGUAUAAACGACGGCGUCGUCGGCCAGAAGAUGUUGAGCGCAAGUUCAUCUGCGUCUGGGAUGGCUGUGAUAAGUCUUACGGGACGUUGCACCAUCUCAACACCCACAUGGCCAUUAAAAAACAUGGGGAGAAGAAGACAUCCGCAGAGUACGAAAAGAUCAAGAAACAGUGGGAGAAUAGGAAGGCACAAGAAGACCAGCGAAAGGUUGCCAACCGAGCUAUUUCAUAA